UGCAAGUCAUAUUCUGCAUGUGGUAAGUGUUCGUUAUUCGUAUUUUUUGUAGGUUACUUGAAUAAGGUCAAUGUUGACUGCAAAGCUAGCUGCAGUUGAUAUAACCAGAUAUUCCGGCUAUAACUUGCUAGCUUAUUAAAUACCAUCGUUAUUAUGUGUGUUGGUGAUGCUAGCUAGCUAACGUUACUAGUAGUUCACUUUCCAGCUAAAGCUAUUGCUUCAGUUUUGCGCUCAAACUCAGCACAAUCAUCGUUUAUUUUAGGAAGACGACACCCAUUAAUCUCUGUCUAUCCAUAGUUUUACCAGGAUGUUAUCAAGUACAGUUCCUAAACAAAUUAAGUAAAAUUGGAUUAUUACCUAGUCUUUAAAUUGGAAAGGUACAGUACAGUAGCUCUAACAUUGUAGGCAUUCUAUGUGGCAUCAUGUGUAGAGAAAUUAUACUAGCUUUAGUUUGCACUGUAGAUAUUUGUUAGUGAUGUGUUAUGAAAGUACUGAUCCUCUUCUCUUCCGUUUCUCCUGAGUCCUGGUCCUUAGUCCCGAUCACUACAGCGGUUGCCGCCUCAGCGCCUGCACCCGGUCUCUCCCUUCUGGGAGCCCGGAGACAAAAUCCGUCCAGCUCUCUUUUGGUCCGUGCGGCGGCUGUUGCUACGACGCCUGCAGCUGGGUCCUCCUUACUGGGAACCUGGGGACUAGCCCCUCUCAACGCUGCUCCCUCUACACGGGCAGCCGACACUACGACCGCCGCACCACAACUAGAACUCUACACUAGACACGAGCACAACGGCCAUCAACAUAUCGAGACAGUGCAAGUCGACUGUUAUCCAUGUCAUGGAUGGAAAAAGUACAGUGCCCGGAUCAUAUGUGCCAAAGAUGACUAUUUCGAGGCCAGAAGAAAAAUGAAAGAAUACUUGAACAGUGAUACAGCAGGUCUGCAGUCUGAGGACACCAGCACUCAAGUACUGCCGAACGGAAGAAAUGGCCUACAGUUUAGCUGCCCAACUGACGCACCAGGAUACCAGGACAUGCAAGGGUUUAUUGUUGCCAACCAGCAGGACUACUGUGACUAUAGUAGGACCUACACAAAUCUCACUACCAGUUCCAGACCAUCUCAAUUCCCUGGUCUGAACAAUGUUCCUCCAGGCACCAGCCCUUUGCCCCUGCCAUGCAGGAGAAACAUUCUACAAGUGAGCAGCCCAACGUGCUCACUAGAAAACCUUGUCCAUGACCCACCAAUGCUUACUGCCCUCAGGACCAAAUGACCAGAACCUUCACCAAUCUCAGUGGCCCUACCGGUUCAAGUUCAGAGCAGAACUGUGUUCAGGGUUGGACAGGGCGGCUCAAUCCCCUGCUCAGAGGCACAAAGGCACAUCCUACUUCUGCUGGAAAACAUUAAGCAGCAACAGUCUCAGCUGGCAGCGACUGUCAACGUGCUCUUGACCAGGUUGGGAUCCACCCCUCCCGCCCCAGCUGAACUGCCAGAGGAGUUCCAGUUUCCCCUCGACGACAUGGGGGAAGUCACAACAUUUGAAAAUUGGAUACAGAAUCCAGAGAACAGGAGGAAAAACAGAACCUUGUGUCUGCUCUAGCAGCUGUCGGUGGGCAAGACACAAAGAGGGUCACAUGGAAUAUCCUAGGUCAUCUCUUUUCAUGCACUGUCGCUAAAAUAAUUAAUUGGAAGGGCGUCAAUGGAAAAAAAAUCCUUUGACCAAAUUGGAAGCAAAGUUCUACUGAUGCGUGCUGUACAGAAAUGUGCCAUCUCAGGGACAGCAACAGACACGGAGAUUUCCCAGCAUGCCAUUAGGUGGUUCAACUUGGCAACUGACCGAGGGGGUUGCCGCAAGGAGCGCAGCAAACAGGCUGAACAAGAAGCAUCUCCGACAGUGUAGCACAGGGCUCUUGUAUAUGUAUGUCUGUAUACCUACAGACUAUCUUGGACCCCUGCUUUUUUUUUGUUUUAAGAUGUGUGACAAAGACCACAUUUCAUUGUUUUAACUAUACAAAAUAUAAUUUGUUUUAUCUUGGACAGACAGCAUUUUACAUUUACUUGAAGUGUUACAUUCCUGAUUUCAAAGUGUACCAUAAUAAUAAUAACGUUUUGCCGUUUUGCCUAGUUCUGCCUUCUGAAUGUAGUCAAUCAAUUGCAUUAGUCUCUGCCUUCAAAGCAGAUUUGCUUAAAUUUCAAUUACAUUAACUCAUCCAAUGACCAUUUAUUGUUUGGUCUUACCAUAUUACGUAUUAC